AAUGACUCUGAAUAUUUUGAUAUCCAACAGUGAUCUUCUCCAUACUUCUAAAAGCGAACCGAGACCUUGAAAAAAAUCUUUGUUUUGAAAACUCCGAUCGACUGUGGAGUUUUUGACAGGAUUAUACAAGGAGAACUUGCAGCGUACCUUUUGCUUCUCAGCAACCCUAGCCCUGCCACUCAGCAGACUAGGAGAUUUACGAACAGCAGAUUUUCCCCCCAGAUCCCGCUGUCAUCAGGGGGAUCCCGGAAUUCUCUGAGAGAGAAAAAAACCUUUGGACAUUAUUACCUCCUAGUGUUGUGAAGUUCAUCAUUCAGCAGGAUGAUAAACCCGUUCUUGGAGAGUAGCUCGCACCUGGGGGCCGGGACUUUGAAACUGAGCCCCACAAACCACAUGAACGAUACCGGAUCAUACCUUCACGGACACUCUAAUCAAUACAGCGUUUCCUCUAAUGGAUACGGAGUGCCUCACUCGCAUCACGUCAAUGGCUAUGCCACCCGGGAUCUUCUUCUCCGCCGGGCCGACCACAUCACCAUUCCCGGACACGAGACCAACGGAAACUCGGGGAUGUUCGGAACACCCUCUGCAUCCUUCCACUCACAUCCUUCAGAAAGCAGCCAUAUGCUAUUGCCUGGACUCCAGGAGUCCUCUCCGUUUUCCUCCGGACAUCACGUGUCCAACAGAUUUGGAUUCCCGUCCGAUGUUUAUUCCCGUAUGGAGCAAUACAAUCACAUGGUACCCCAGAGAGCGGACCACUAUACUCAACCCCAGUCGUUCAACGUCCCUCCAGUAGGGGGACUUAACUCCAUGAACAUUGGGUCCCACGGGCCCGGAGCUUUCCUACGGUACAUGCGACAGCCCAUCAAGCAAGAGCACACGUGCUUGUGGGUAGACAAAGACCAACACGAACCGAAGAAACCGUGCAAUAAAAUUUUCUCCACGAUGCAUGAAAUCGUGAACCAUCUGACUGUGGACCAUGUUGGGGGGCCAGAACAAGCUGACCACACCUGUCUCUGGCAGGACUGUGCCAGGCAUGGCCGACCAUUCAAGGCCAAGUAUAAAUUGGUCAACCAUAUUAGAGUACAUACAGGGGAGAAACCCUUCCCCUGUCCGUUUCCUGGAUGUGGGAAAGUUUUCGCAAGAAGCGAAAAUCUCAAAAUCCACAAAAGAACCCAUACAGGAGAGAAGCCCUUCCCCUGUGAGUUUCCCGGUUGUGACCGGCGAUUCGCCAACAGUUCCGACCGCAAGAAGCACAGCCAUGUCCACACCAGCGACAAGCCAUACCUCUGCAAGUUCCGGGGCUGCGACAAGAGCUACACUCACCCCAGCUCCCUCCGGAAGCACAUGAAAGCCCAUGGAAACAUGUCUCCACUUCCGGAUGGUUACGAGUCCGACGACCAAAGCAUCGGAUCAGAAAGUAUCCCGAGCCCGACCAUAGAAAAACCUCGCUCCCUAAUCACGCCACCUAGUGCCAGUUCAGACCAUUCAUCACAACCGGAAGUCAUUCCGGACGCCCGUUCUUGCUUCACCACCGAGCCCGAUCUUGUCCACAAGCACUCACCCAAUGCUAGUCCGACUUUGCCCAUCCACCCAACAGCAACAUUGCCGACGUCUCACCAACUGAACGAGUGGGUGAUCUGUCAAAACAAUAGCCUCCAAACAAGUGAACAUAUGCCCUUGACCCCUUUCGGUAAUCAUUUGAACUCCAUGCAUCAUCAAACUCUGAUGCAAUUUUCUUAAAAACGGAGGAUAAAAAAUUACUGGGAUUUGUGCUCUAUAUGACGAUAGUUCUUCUCUUUGUAUACCAUGUGCAUAAUAUUAUUGUACUGUUAUUCAUUUCAUGUGUAAUUAAUCAUAUGUGUUGACUUUUAUAUUAACCCUUGUUGAAUUUUAUUAAUUUUAACAAUUAAACUUGAA